UCCUUGCUGGCAGCAGUAGAGAAUUUGCAGUGAGAGUGGAGAGGUGUGCAAUUUCGUGGUUGAGAUUAAGGCAAGAUAAACAAAAUGGAGUGGAAACCUAUGGAAAUUAACCCCGAGAUGCUGAACAAAGUUAUGUGCAAACUGGGUGUUGGUGGAAGCUGGUGUUUUGUCGACGUCUUGGGCUUAGAAGACGAAUCUCUCUCCUCGGUGCCAACUCCAUCCUGCGCGGUCCUGCUGUUGUUCCCUCUCACUCAACAGCAUGAAGCCUUCAGAGAAAAGCAGGCCGGAGAGUUAACAGGAAAACAAGAGGAGAACAAGGUUUACUUUGUGAAGCAGACAAUUGUUAAUUCCUGUGGUACAAUUGGACUUAUCCAUGCUGUUGCUAACAACAUGGACAAGCUUGAAUUUGAGAAUGACUCGGCACUGAAGAAGUUCUUUGACGAUACAUAUACCCUGUCUGCAGAUGAGAGAGCAAAGCAUCUUGAGAUAAACCAGGACAUACACACUGCCCAUGACGAAGUAGCAGCAGAAGGACAGUGUCGGGUAGAGGAAGAUAAUGUGAACUUCCACUUUAUUACCUUCACCAAUGUUGAUGGGCAGCUUUAUGAAUUGGAUGGCAGAAUGGAAUUCCCUGUGAAUCAUGGAGCUACAAAAGAUGACUCCUUUAUAAUGGAUGCUGCAAAAAUCUGCAGGCAGUUUACUGAACGUGAGCAAGGAGAAGUUCGCUUUUCUGCUGUGGCCUUGUGCAAAGCUUAGGAGCGACCUUUGAGGAAGACUUCUUUCACUGGAUCUCUAGCACAUGUACUGCACUUAGAUCCUAGUUUACAAGCGCUUUCUGUGUAAUGGUGUUUCCUGCAAAGCUGGGUGUUUUGUUACACUUGAGUUAUUAUAAAAUCUGACUCUCCCCUGACAGUGUGUUCCUGCCAAGUUUUUUUUUGUUUAAGUGUGACAUUCUAAACCAAGACCUUUUUUUGCUUCUGCACCCUCUUCUGCAAAAAAUGCUGCAUUGAGGUUUAUUCUCUGAAUUCAUACAGCUGUUCAGAGGGUGUUUUGGUGUAACUGCUUUUUAUGGGAUCUAGCACUGUUCAUGUGUUCUUGUAGUGCACUGCCACAUGAGGCUCAUUAUCAAGUUUAACUUGUUCCUUUAGACACAAACUUGUACUUUUGUUUAUUGCUAAGCUGUUGGCAAAAUAAAAGAUGGUAAUGAUGACUUGCUGUA